CACAUUCACAGCGAGGAAGAGAAGAGAGGGUCUUCUUUAAGAUCGCCACCCUCCCAACCUCCCCCAUUGUGCUGUGCUGCUAUCACCAACCUCUCUCUCGUCUUCUUCUUCCUCUUCUUCUUCUACAUGUCACUCGAGACUGUGGGUGAGUGAGUGAUUGAGCUGUUCUUCCCUUUGGUGGGGUGAGUGCGGCGAGCAAGGCACACAAUUACGACAAGAAGGCGAUGAAUCGAUGAUAGAUAGCUUGAGGAUCUUGCCAACUCCUUUGUAGCUUGCAGAGCUGCAAGGUCCCAUUUUGCUUGUCCUCCUGAGCUUGGUGUUGCGUCUGAGUACACUUCUGAGGCUUUGGCCGUUUGGCUGGCCUCGUGCUCCGUGCUUAAACUCGCGGCCUGCCUGCGUCGAUCGUCCACGGAGCUGCAAGAUCUGCCUGUUCUUUGCUAGCUGCUGCUUGUUGCUGUCACAGUUUGGAGAAGAAGAGAGAGAAUUGUUUGAAUUGGUUCGGUUCUUGAAAUGUUCCUGAGAUCGAAGGUGCAAGAGAUGAUCCUGAGGAGGAGGUCCAGAUCGAUGAACAGUGGCGGCGCGCAGCCGAGCCACCUCCCCGGCCAGCACGCGAGCUCGUCGGCGGGUCCGUGCGACGGCGGCAACGGCGUCGGCGGCGGCGGCAAGAGUGGUGGUGCCGCCGCGUGUGCGUUGUUCGGUUCUCCGAGGCUGCUGCACUGCGCGUCGCUCCCCUCCGGCAGCCAUGCCAAGAACGGCGGCGGUGGCUCGGAGCCCGAGACGCCGUACACGAUGAGCCCGACGUCCGUGCUCGACGCGGCGGCGGCCUUCGCGCCCAGCCCGGACGCCGGCAGCAGCAAGCGCCGGCCGUGGUGCGACGGGGGCACCGGCACGCACGGCCUCGCCGACGCGCUGGACUGCACCGACGACGACGGCGGCGGCCAGAAGAGGAGCGUCCUCGCGCCGGCGUCGCGGGCGGUCAGGUUGCAUGCGCAGGCGCAUCAUCGGCCCCUGCUCAGGUCGUGCUCCCUCGACCGCCGCGUCGAGUUCGGCGUCAAGAACAAGAGCUCGUGGCUGCCACUUCGCGGCGGCGGCGGAGGCGAGUUGGCGCCGGAAGAGUCACCGGGGGAGAUGCAGAUGGAGCCGUCAUCGGAGGACUACACCUGCGUCAUCUCCCGCGGGCCGAACCCGAGGACGGUGCACAUCUUCGGCGACCGCGUCGUGGAGGGCAGCGGCGGCGGCGAGCCCCUCGCCGGCGGCGCGAGCAGCGACCGGGAGAGCUCGCCGCGGCCGAUCAAUUUGCUGCCGGCGCCGGCGCGUGAAGCUCGAGGCUUCUUGAGCUUGUGAUGCACUCGAUAGAUAGCUUGAUUAAUGAUGCUUAGGUAAAGCUUUGGGUGCGGAGUAUUAAACUAAGUUGAGUCUUAAUUCUGUUGUUAUUAUUAUAUUAUUGUAUUGGUUGUUUGUUCGAUCUUGAUGAUCAUCAAAUGGUCAAGUAGAUGCUUUCUUGAUCGGAUCCUCGAAAUUUAAAUAGAUGCUUUCUUGGUCAGAUGAUCAAUUCAUUCAAAUACUAGAUGGUUUUUUGUCCAGCACUUCAGUUUGAGCAGAAUCUGUAAUACAAAUUCAGAAACCAUUGCACAUCACAGUCUAGAC